AGUUGUGAAAAACUGUAUACGUGUAAAUUGUCAAAUUUGUGAUAAUACUGUUACAUAUAUACAAAGGUCGAGAGGACGGUAAAGACUGACCAUUGUGAAUACUAUAAAACUGUCACAUAUAUACCAAGGUGGAGAGGACGGUAAAGACUGACCAUUGUGAAUGUAAAGACUGACCAUUGUGAAUACUAUAAAACUGUUACAUAUAUACCAAAGUGGAGACGACGGUAAAGACUGACCAUUGUGAAGGUAAAGACUGACCAUUGUGAAUACUAUAAAACUGCAUCAUGAAGGUGGAAUCCGUAACCCUUAUCAUCAUUUUUUCUCUGAUGUACAACGUAGACGCUAGACCUACACAAAGGGUGAAAAGGGGGCUGUUUGGAAGUCUGUUUGAUGCAUUCAAGAGUCAAAUGGGGGAUGUCAUAGAAAAGACCAAAGCUAUGAAUAGUCAAAGCGAAAAUGAUAUGGAUAACUUAAAAGAUAAAAUGGGAAGCAGUUUAGAAAAUGCUUGGGAAAAAACUGGAGAUGCUUUUGGUAGCCUUGGAGAUAAAAUGGGAAAUCUUGGAGACAAAAUGGGAAGUGGUUUUGAAAAUGCGUGGGAAAAAACUGGAGACGCUUUUGGUAGCCUUGGAGAUAAAAUGGGUAAUCUUGGAGACAAAAUGGGAAGUGGUUUUGAAAAUGGUUGGGAUAAAACUGGAGACGCUUUUGGUAGCCUUGGAGAUAAAAUGGGUAAUCUUGGAGACAAAAUGGGAAGUGGUUUUGAAAAUGGUUGGGAAAAAACUGGAGACGCUUUUGGUAGCCUUGGAGAUAAAAUGGGUAAUCUUGGAGACAAAAUGGGAAGUGGUUUUAUAAAUGCUUGGGAUAAAACUGGAGACGCUUUUGGUAGCCUUGAGAAUAAAAUGGGUGAUUUUGGAAAUAUGAUGGGAGGUGGUAUGAAAAAUGCUUGGGAUAAAACUGGAGACGCAUUUGAUAUUCUUGGAGACAACAUGGGAGAUGCAUUUAGCAAUAACUUUGGUUGGCCAUAAUACCACUCAUAAAAAUAUUUGCAAAUCUUAUUAUAAAGAUACACCUUAAAUACAUUUUAAUUUCCGAAUAGUUGAAUAAAACAUAUUAUUACA